AUGCAAUGGAAGCCUGAUGAGAAGGUUAUUGAGGGAUUGGCUGCUUAUAAAGGGAUGAGUUCUUGGAAAUUAAAUUUAAUUUUGGAUUGGAUACUUGGCGAUAAAAGAAUCCCAGCCCGUUGGCAAGUCCCUCUUGCUAAAUCUGAGGAACAAUUUCCCGUUGUUGUAUUCUCUCAUGGAAUUAGUGGAACUAGACAACUUUACUCAAUUAAUUGUUCUUCUUUGUCCAGUCAUGGUUAUGUUGUUGCUGCUUUGGAUCACAGAGAUGGCUCUUCUUGUUAUACCUAUGAAUUGAAUAAAGACCCGUCAACUGGUGAAUUAAUUCAAAAACAUAUUGAAAUGAAAAAACUUCCACACGAAGAGCAAGAAUACGAGAGUAGAAUAGCUCAGGUACAACAACGUACAUUGGAAACAAUUAACAUGUUAAAAUUAUUUAAAAAAUUAAAUGAGGGAUUGCGUAAUUCAAAUGUAGAAAUUGUUUGUGGAAAUGAAUUUGAUUGGGAACAAUUUAAGGGAAGAUUAAAUUUGGAUAAAGCAAUUUCAAUUGGGCAUAGCUUUGGAGGAGCUUCAGCUUUGACUUCUUGUGCUGUUGAAAAGGGUUUUAAAUGUUGUGUUGUUAUGGAUGCUUGGCUAUAUCCUUUUGACUGUAAAUAUUACGAAGAAAUUACCCAACCAGUUUUAAUGUUAAAUGCGAGUAAAUGGCAAUGGCCUAUGAAUUUGAAGAGAUUGUUGUAUUUACAACAACAAAAUGGAGGGGAAGGGAAAUCAAUGUAUACAUUGACUGAUAUUGUGCAUCAAUCUUUUUCAGAUUUGGGAUUACUCACUCCAGGAAGAAUUGGCAAAUUUAUGGGUUUUCAAGGUCAACACGACCCCGAAUAUUUGGCAAAUAUAAUUAUUCAACUAAUUACAACAUUUACUGAAGACCCAAUUAAUUCUAAAGAAAAAUUAAAAGAAAUUUCAAAAACAUUAAAUUGCCCAGUUUUAAUUGAAGGGACCGACGUUCCUAGAGAAAAAUUGGAUGAAAUAUCUCUCGAUUUGGCUGAAAAUCAUUCUUCAGAGAUUGGGGAGAAUGAAGAAAGAAUACUUCAUGAAUCUGGGGAAUAA